AAACAACAAACACAAACCGCCCUCUGCCACCUGGUUUGGUUUCCUCCUCCGCCUCUCUCUCUUCCUUUUCUCCUCUGUCUCUCUCUCUCUGUCUCUCUCUGUUUCACAAAUUGCCAUCAAAAACAGCACCAAAAGAAGAAGAAAAAGGGGAGGAAUAGAAGGACGUUGUGGGAUAGAGAGGAAGAGGAAGGAAGAAGAAGAAGAGGAGAGGUUGGGAAAGGAAAUGAAGACAGAGGAGGAGGUAGGGAGCUGAGAGGAGAGGAUAGUGCCAUUAAUUUGGCGAAAGGUGGGAUCUUUGGGGCGUUUGGGGAGGAGGCGAGAUGGGGAACGUGACGUCGUCGGUGGCGGCACGGUUUGCGUUCUUUCCGCCGGAGCCGGCUACGUACGAGGUGUUCCGGGAGGGGGGAGCGGAGGGGCGGCUGUGCCUGUCGGGAUUGUCGCCGGAGAGGAACGUGGCGGUACACCUGGUAGAGACCAAGGUCGGGAACCGGGUGGUGGCCACCUUCUGGCGCCACCCCUUGGCCCGCUUCACCCUCCUUUACUCCCACGGCAAUGCGGCUGACCUCGGCCAGAUGCUCGACCUGUUCUUCGAGCUCCGCGCUCACCUCCGGGUCAACAUCAUGAGUUAUGAUUACUCAGGUUAUGGAGCAUCGACAGGGAAGCCAUCCGAGUUCAACACGUACUACGACAUAGAAGCAGUGUACGAUUGUUUGAAGAAAGAGUAUGGGAUAAAACAAGAAGAUCUCAUUUUGUAUGGCCAGUCUGUUGGUAGCGGACCGACGUUGCACCUGGCUGCACGAUUACAGAAACUGCGAGGCGUUGUCCUCCAUAGUGCAAUCCUGUCAGGCAUACGAGUCCUAUAUCCUGUGAAACUGACAUUCUGGUUUGAUAUUUUCAAGAACAUUGACAAAAUUCGACAAGUAAACUGCCCAGUUCUCGUUAUACAUGGAACUGCUGAUGAUAUCGUCGACUGGACUCACGGGAAACGCUUGUGGGAACUAUCCAAAGAGAAGUAUGAUCCAUUAUGGAUCAAGGGAGGUGGUCACUGCAACUUAGAGUCGUAUCCCCAAUAUAUCCGGCACCUGCGCAAAUUUAUCAAUGCAAUGGAGAAACUUUCUGUCGCAAAACAGACGACGCAAAGCAGUCUGCCCACAUCAACCAUCACAGAGGUGAAACACAACAAGUGCUUGAGAUUUGGCAAGCGAUAGCUGUUCCGACGGCUCAGUAAGAACAUGUUCUACCAAGAAAGCGUUAACAUAGUGCAGUACAGAAUACUAAUCUUUAGGAGAUCCUGUAGCAAUCCAUGUCCUCUGGGAUCAAGUAUGUGGUCAUGAAUCGAAUGAAUUAUUUGUUUGAGUUGCCAGAUUGAUGGCUCAUGUAAACACCUUCCACUUCCAAAGCAAAAUAUAUGGUUUGUUUCUUAGAUCUUUCCCA